AUGUUUUCCUGCAGAUCACCUCUCAGAGAACAACAGAUUCCGACCCGGCUAGCCCAGCCCCUGCUGCCUGCGAGCUAUCUGCUUUAUCUUCUCUCCGCCUUUCCUCCCCAGCCGCAGCCCCCCACCAACUGGCAUGAAAAGAACGCCCAGCCUAUUCCACAGAGUCCCCAGCCAAGCGCCCUGGCCGUUCUCCUCUUUUCCCUCCCCACCCCCAGUCGCCUCCUCUUCUUGCUCAAUUUCGCCAUAAACACCCUCCUCCUCGCUGCCUCUGCCGACCUCGCCAUCUCCCCCUUCUUUGACACUGCCCCAGACGUCGCAUUCACCCGCGUCGGUGCAGUCUAUCCCGACAGUGUCAAGCUCCUCGUCCGCCACCCCUACCCUAACGACUCUCUUGCGGUCCUCUACCGCGAGCAGUCCAACUCGUCUCUGCCCUGGAAGCCUGGUCCUACCCUCAACCUCACAGAGCACUCUGACUGGGCUCAGACCGUCCGUCUCGCUGGUCUCUGGCCAAGCACCUCCUACGAAUACGUCAUCGCCGACUCUAACCGCACCGCCCUCGACCGCCCCAUCCCUUUCCGCACCUUCCCUGACCCCCGUCUCCACGCCCCCAGCUUCUUCCGCUUCCUCGCCACCUCUUGCAUCACCCCCAACUUUCCCUACGCCGGCCCCUUUCACAGGCGCACCAUCCCUGGCUUUGACCAUCUCGCAGACUACCUCUAUGCCGUCAACCACACCCAAUCUCCCAUCGAAUUUCUACUCUUUCUCGGUGACUUUAUCUACGCCGAUGUCCCUACCUACAUUGGUGACGACCAGGAGGCCUAUCGUCGUCUCUACCGCCGCAACUAUGCCAGCCCAAGUUUCAGAAAGGUCUAUGAACAACUUCCUAUAAUAUUCGCUUACGACGACCACGAGUUCAUCAACAACUAUGGCGGCAACUCGCUCGACCUACCGCCCUUUGCCAACGCCUCUAAUGCCUACCACAUUUACGCCGGUUCCACAAACUACGACGCCCACGAAAACUACUACGACUUCCAGCACGGAGACAUCGCCUUUUUCGUCAUGGACACCAGACGCUACCGCUCUCCUCCCAACACCACCGUCGAACCCAAAACAAUGCUCGGGCCCACCCAGCUCGCCGCGCUCCAUGCCUGGCUGCACCGCGUCAACACCACCCACCCCGCCCCCUUCAAAUUCAUCGUCUCCUCUGUCCCCUUCACCUCCCUCUGGACCCACGACGCCCAGAUCGACUCCUGGGCAGGCUACGCAGACGAAAAGGCCGCCCUGCUCGCCGCCUUCCACUCCGUCCCCAACCUCAUCGUCAUCAGCGGCGACCGCCACGAGUUUGGCGCCGUCGAGUUUGCGGUACGAGACGGCGACCCUGGCUAUGUCGUCAGAGAGUUCUCCACCAGCCCAUUGAGCAUGUUUUAUAUUCCUUUUGUACACACCAUGAGGGAACGGAGUGAGGCGUUCUUUACGCGUAACGUCACUGAAGGCGUCGAGGAAGUGCCGUAUGAAAAGAGGAUCGCGUACAUCCCUACUGGGAACGUCAAGUGGUCCGCGUUUGAAGUCGACACAAGAGACAUUGACAAGCCAACUCUACGUCUAGAGACAGUCAUCGACGGCAAACCAGCGUACCACCUCGAAAUUGUUGGCACCCCCGUCUACCCACCCGCCGCAUUAUCAGGUCUCAGUUCCCUCGUCACAACAAACGUCAAAGGGAUCUUCGACAGAAUCGGACUCAGACCCUCCAAAUGGUUCUAA